UUCACCAAGAAAGACAUAAUAAAGAAAUUAAUUUAAAUGGAUUGCCAGGCGACAGGAAACCCAAAGACCGGAGAGGCAACCGCUCGAUGCGGUGUGUUGGUGGGUGGCGAUCAGGCCAAUGCUCGAGCCGGGGUUUUCGCCUCAACUCCUGGCGCUGGUGGACCCGUUACCAAGGGAGUUUAUGGAGCAGUUAAUGCCAACGGACAUGGCCUCUCUGUGCAGCAUGGCCACAUCGAGGGCGUGGGAAGCACUACAACAGCUGCAGCUCAGGUCAAUCUUCAUCAGAGCCAGAGCACCUCCCUCAACGCCACUGGUUUCCACAGCCACAGCCGAACCCACGAUCAGUUCGGAGGUGGACUCAAUCUGCAGUCGGCUGCGGGUCACCAAGCGGCAGUCGGGGUCACCAGGGUGCCCCAGAUCGAUAUGACCACCAUCCAGACUUCCGGACGGGCCAACCUGUACACUUCGCCCAGUGGUAACCUCAAUCUCAAUGCCGUCGGCAGUGCCAAUCACCACCUGAGCGGACCAAGACGUGGCAAAUCUGAUUUCGGUACCGGACUAAACUUGAACUACAAUUUCUGAUUCAUGUUCUAGUAAGGAAGGCACUUAAGGAUUCAAAUUAAAUAAAUAAAGCAAAAAAAAAAAAAAACCAACCCCAAGUUCUAUCAAAAAACACAUAAAGAAAUAUGUAUACAGGUUAACAGUAUUUUAAAUUCAAAAUAAUAUUAUAUAUUUUGUGCUGCUCUCAAA